ACAGGCGGUGAGGGAGAGAGACAGUGUGAGAGAGAGUGAGAGAGAGUCUUGUAUAGCAGCAGCUGGUGUUCCACUGCUAAGCACAGCCUCCAUGUCAGCUUUUCUGUUGCUCAAUUCCAGACUCCAUGUCUAAAUGUAUGUCUCUUGUGCAUUUUGAAUAUCUGUCUCUUGCUUAACAGCUCUCAUCCAUAUAAAAGUUUCCAUAGAGGAGUCAGGCAAACGUGCAAGACUCCAAUUUGACUGGAUCGAUUCACCUUGAGCCCAGUCUUCAGUCUGGAGGGCAAGGCCCCAGUUGAGUCCAGAAGGGGAGAUGGUGCUGAGGUCAGUUCCCUGUCUGGAGAGCCCAACCCUGAUUGGUUGAGCCCAGCCACCCUGCCUGUCACCCAAACAGAGAGUGCAGCGUCCGGACCCUGGCAAAGCGAAAGCUUGCUGGCUGAGUCUUGGUCCACCAUGGGCGACAUGGAUCGCGAGGACACCAAGAGCCUGGACAGCAGUGACGGGAUGAUCCUUCCUGAAGAACGCAGCGAGAACCACUCCUCCGUCUCCGACAUGGUGCACCUGGAGCGGGAAGAGGCUGAGCUGCUGGAGGAGGAAGACCUGGGGGUGGAGGAUGAGGAGGAGGGCACCCUGGAGGAGGAUGAGGAAGAGAUGCAGAGUAGUAUGUUGAGCAUGCUGGGAGGGGAGAGGGAGCUGGCUGAGCUCAGGGGGGAGAUAAGCUCCACCCACCCUCGUGCUCAAGCCGACCAAGGCUUGCGGGGCCCAGAGACUGUGGAGCUCCUGAUGUCAAUGGAAGACCCGUUUCAGCACCUGGCACAUGUCACCCAUGUAACCCCACCUAUGGCAAUGCCAGUUGUCAAGCUGGAGCCGCCCUCCGCUACUUCCACCCCUGUCCCCUCCAUCCCCACUGCCGCUGAGGUAGCAGAGCAGCUAUAUUCUAUGCAAGAGCUCCACCCUCCACCUGUCCUACCACAACCGCAACUGGAGAGCCAGACUGACAGUCACUGCGAGUCUACUGGCACCCUCCCUGAUGCUGCGGAGCCCACCAUUACAGAAGUCCAGGAGAAGACACAGCCUGAGGCUUCUCUAACCCCUUCCCACACUGAGAUGCCUGUGUUAUUGUGUGGGUGUGCCGCCCUGGUGGCCAUUGUUGGAGUGGCGGCUUAUGGAGCAAUGGUCUACUGCAGAAAGUAGCUACCCCAUGAGCCACUCUUACUGGUCUUUAAAAAUAAAUUCCAAACUUUUCCACAUCCUUAAACUAAAUACGAGAUUUAAUGAAAUGAUUUUCUUUGUAUCUGUGUAUAAUGGACAUUGGUUAGAUCUUUCAUCCGCUUCUUGAGCUACCUCAGUUCACGUCAUGAGAUUUGGAACAGGUUGGCGGAAAUGCCUUUUUGUUUCUAUGUAGAUUCACAGUGGUAAACCAGGAAUUCUAAAUUACAUAUAUAAAUUGAGAAUUUUAAAGAAUUUUGAAGUCUUCAUCUUGGUUUGUUUUAUUUGGCUCUCCUCUCCAUUAGUAAUAUAACACACAACACAGAAUGCAUGCAAUUUGUGAUGCUACACUGCCCUCUGUUGCUUUAGUCUCCUUUCGACAAUCUUUGUCAAUGUCCUGUUCUAUGUAUUUACAUUUAAUCAUUUAGCAGACGCUCUUAUCAAAUUAUUAAUUAUCAUUAUUAUUAUAAUCAUUAUUAUUAAAGUAAUUACAAGGACGUUCCCCCGAGGAAAGUGAAGUGCCUUGCCCAAAGACACAACUUCAUUUUGCACAGCCUGGAAUCGAACCAGCAACCUUCUGAUUAAUAGAAUAAAAUAUUUGUAAAAAUACUGAACCUUUGGGAUGAUAGCCAACCUGCCUACCUUUCCGUAUCAUAUCUUUUUGGGAUGUAAAAUGCAACCCCCAACCAUAGCAUGAUCUCAUUUAUAUGGAUUUAACAACUAUGCCACCAUGCAUUUGUUUUCCCUGAUAUCCUUAUCUGUCAGUGGCUUUUGAACUUCUUGAUUUUCAUUGAUUGCCAGUAAAUAAAGAAGUUAAAUAGAUGUUGACCAUGUUGCGGUUACAUUGCCCUUCCCUCACUGGUGUCGGUAUAAAUAGAGCCAUUGAAAACAGAGGACAGAGGAAGGGAAGGAAAAUUGGUCUUUUGUUCAGAGAGAUAAAGAUCCCUCACGCCUGCUUUACCACAAAGUGUAAACACCUUGACAGAAAUAUUCUGUCUCUCCUGGCCUUUUCACUUUCUUUCUCAUGCACACAGACACAAACACACUGUCAUUCUCUAAAUAGUUUGAGUCAAAUACAUAUACAGAAAUGUCUUGUAUAUAUAUAUAUGGUUUGUUCAUUAUCAUCAUUAUAAUCACAAAUGGAACCCUAUAAGAUUUAGAGUUAAGAGAUUUAGCGUUUAAAGUAUAUACAUUAGGACAAAACAGAAUGAGGUAGUAAGCUAGAAGCAGUGGUUGAUAAUUUACGAUGGUCCCUUGACAGAAAAUUCACUGUGUGUAAUGUUCAAAUGGGAACAAAGUAAGAAAAGGAGAAAGGCAAGGUUUUGUGGUCCCUUUCCUUCAAUCAGUCCAAACUUUAUCAGUGUGCAGCACUUACAGGAAGAACAAACACACACACUCAAAUACACAUACACACUGCUAGAAAACAGUUUGCCAUUAAACCUGUUACUCAACACUUUGCUUUAACAGUUAUUCCAUUGUUUUACACAACAAUUUAUCAUUAAAACUUUAUGAAAUCUGUGCAUCUU